CGCCGCAGCUCUCUGUGACAACAGCCGCAGUCAGCUGUAGCAGCAGCUCUCUGUGACAGCAGCAGCAGCAGUCAGCUGUAGCAGUCAGCUGUAGCAGCAGCUCUCUGUGACAGCAGCUCUCUGUGACAGCAGCAGCAGUCAGCUGUAGCAGCUCUCUGUGACAGCAGCAGCAGUCAGCUGUAGCAGUCAGCUGUAGCAGCAGCAGCAGUCAGCUGUAGCAGUCAGCUGUAGCAGCUCUCUGUGACAGCAGCAGUCGCCUCGCGAUUCCUGGAGGCGCAGAAGCAGCACAGAGCGCAGCACCCAGAGACUCGAGUCGGGGGAUACGGGGCAGCCGCACGCACAGAGACAAGAUACAGAGACAAGACGCACACAGAGACAGACACAGAGAGAGACAAGAUACAGAGACAAGACGCACACACAUAGACACAGAGACAGACACAGAGACAAACAAGACGCACACACAGAGACACAAGAUACAGAGACAAGGCGCACGCAGACACAAAGAGGCAGCGCGCCAUGGAUCCGUUCCGCAGGGCAGCCCACGAGGAGAUGGAUGAGAGGCCCCUCACGAUGGACGACGACGAGGAGGACGACGACGAGGGGGAGGAGGACGAGGGGGAGGAGGACGAGGAGGAGAGGCGAAGCGACCUGGCGGGGCCUGCGGUGAGAGGCCCGUAUUCUCGGGUCGAGCCACAGCUGAGCCUCUCUCGUCCGCAAGACAGGCCAGAAGAGGGGGACGACGCCGCGAGGGUGGUGGACGGCACACGGAGCGUGCUGAGCCUCAAGGCCGUGCGCGCCCUGCUGGGCCUGGUGGCCGUUCUCGCCAUCGCGUUUGCCGGUGUGCUCGCCGCUCUCAUCGUCAACAUCAAGGGCAAGGUGCCGCCGCCCGUGUGCCAGACUGAUGUGUGCGUCAGCGACGCGAGGCUCAUGCUCAACUCUAUGGAUCCCACCGUGGAACCGUGCCAGGACUUCUACGCGUACGCGUGCGGCGCUUGGCAACCCAAUGAGCGGUUGCCCGGGGGUACCGCCAGCUGGAAUCAACGCAACGUCACGUGGAACGGCAAUCUCAAGUUCCUGCGCGACAUCUUGGAAAAUGUCACCUUCUCCGCUGAUCAGUCGUCAAACGCCGACGCACAGACGUUCUACCGCGCGUGCAUGAACCAGGGGCGCAUCGCCGAGCAGGGCGCCCAGCCCCUGCGUGACCUCAUGGACGGACUCGGCGGCUGGAUGCCGACACCCAACAAGACCACGAAUCUCACCGAGUUGUUGACCAACACCACCCUAAACUUCCUGUUGCCAGCGCUCUUCAAUGCCCACGUGGUGCAGAGAGGCUCCAAGGAUAAGCUCUUUCUCGAGCUUUCUCACCCGGAGCUCGGGCUUCCCUCGGAGUACUUGACGAGCAACGCGACCCCGCAAGCCCUCAAGGUGCGGGCCACUUAUCUGCACUACAUGGUGCGCUCGGCCGUGCUGCUGGGCCAGAGCCUGGGGGACGCGCGGCUGCACAUGCAGGAGGUGCUGAGCUUCGAGUCGACGCUGGCCUCCAUCGUGGCCCGGACUCGGGACCCUGCCGAGCCCAGCGAAGUGACGUUGGAUCGCUUGCAAGCCAUUGCUCCAUUCAUCAACUGGCAAGCGUAUCUGCACAAGGGAAUUCCAGGCGGCUUUCCUCAGGAGGCGGGGCUCCUCGUGUCCUCCACAGCUUACUUCGAAAACCUCACCUCGCUCCUCAACCACACGGACGCUACCGUCGUGAGCGGCUACGUCCUCUGGCGGCUGGUGCAAGCUAUGUCUCCCGCGAUGGACGACAGCUUCAGCGCCCCUCACCGACAGCUGCAGGAUGCCGUGGCCAACGCGCAGACGAAUUACAGUGCGGCACGCUGGGAGUUCUGCAUGGAGAAGACGAACUGGGCCAUGCCCUACGCCCUGGGCGACAUCUUCUUCUUCGCGACGCGCCUCGAGCAGACGACCGAUGAUGUGAAAGAAAUCAUCAACAAUGUCCGCUUCUCGUUCCAAACCACUCUGACGACGCUGACCUGGAUGGACAACAAGACGCGGGACGAUGCCCGGGACAAGGCGAGCGAGAUGAAGCCCUUGGUUGGAGCUGAGAAUAAAUUUAGUGACCCAGGCUGGAUCAACAGCUUUUACGCUCAGAUCACACCGGAUGAGAACUCUUUCUUUAACACGAUGGUGAACUACUACAAGUACCUGGCCAAGAAAUCACUGGAGCAGCUGUCUUUAGGCUUAAACACCAACCGCAACCUCUUUCCACCGCAGGAGGUGGAGAGUCGUUACCUCUACACAGACAACCGCAAUAAGCUGUUCGUGCCCAUGGGGAUUCUACAGCCACCCUUCUACGACCUCCAGCAGAAGAGGUAUCUGCGGUAUGGAGCCAUUGGGUCCGUCAUCGCCAGACAGUUUCUGCAUGGGUUCUAUGGUGAAGGGAGCCAGUAUGAUGCGAGCGGCGUCCACAAGCCGUGGUGGAGGAACGCGACGUGCGAGAAGUUUGAGGAGCGGGCGCGCUGCCUGGAGCAUCAGUACGGGAACUACUCGAGCGGCGGGCUCGCCGUGAACGGCACGCGCACGCUGGCGGAGAACGUCGCCGACAACGGAGGCCUCGACACCGCCCUGCAUGCCUAUGAGGACUGGAUCGCCAAGAACGGAGAGGAGCCACAGCUGCCCUUCCUCGGCCUGAAUGCUCGACAGACGUUUUUCGUCAGCUUUGCUCAGGUGCCCCACUCCCUGCACCCAGCGCUCCGCUCCGUGCCGCGUCACCGCCACUCGGCACAGCCCCUCGCACCCGCCACUUAACGAUAAACCACCGUGCGCGUACGAGAAGCACGGGAGUGCGCACGUCGACUUGCACGUAGGCACGCUACGUACAGCGCACUCGUGUUCCCUGCGGCUCACAGCACUGUCACACGACAAAUGUAAAACCUGCGCAUGUUAAUUUCUUGUGAACAGCUAAAUUAGUCGUUCGUGUUGCCACUGGGUUUGUUUUGCUUACAGCAAAAAGUAGCCUUUUCAUGCAAUUUUAGAUAAAUCAUUGCUUAUAUGUUGUUAAAUUUAAAAAAUACAUAACUUUUUAUGAAACCUGCUCUAGGAAACCGGUAGCAACACGGCUGUGAGUGAGCUACUUGGGGCUCCCAAAGUGUAACAUGUGUAAUGGGUUCCGGAGACACUUGUAGAGGUAACUUAUUUAUUACAAUGCAACACCUCAACAGUCCUGAUACUCUGUUACAGCCUAGGUACACAGCCUAGGUACACAGCCUAGGUAGACAGCCUAGGUACACAGCCUAGGUACAGAGCUUAGGUAGACAGCCUAGGUACACAGCCUAGCGACGCAGCCUAGCGACACAGCCUACUCUUAGCGUACCUGACUCUAGCUACGCUCUGGGGUCCUCCGGCUACAAUUACCCUAGGGGAGGCUACCUGACCCGACCCAGCCAAGGUGCGGGUCUAGACUCUGGCUUCCUCGGAACUCGCCCUUACAAGGACGUAGAGCCGGGAGUCCCAGAGUCCCACCACUGGCCCGCACAAUGUCCCGACCCUUACAAGGACAAGCGGGACGAGGGGGUCCAGGGUCCUAAGCUGGCUGGUCUUGGGGCUUGAGCUGCGACUGGCCCCGAUCGGCCAGGGAGCGACCCUUUUAUGCCUCUUGCCCAUCGAGGGGUGGGGUUGUGUGGGGUCCCAGAUAGCCCACAGAGCGCACACAGCCCCCCGUUGGUGGCGCCAAGGGGCUUAGCUGUCUGGGUUGCCUGGGAUCCUAGGGCCUGGCGCCGAGGGCUUAUCUGUCUAGGAUCCUAGAGCCCCCAGCAGCCCCUCCCCUCUUGGGCUGGCACAGUGGCCCCUCCCCUGGGGGUCCGAGCUACCUGCUGGUAAGUGUGGCCCAUCUAUGGCACUACACAUGUGACGAGAGUUGGUGGUCGGGGAACCAUCUUCU